AUGAAUACUUCUGUAGAAGGUAUUAUUGUGAAUAAUUGUCAGUACGCCCCCAUAUAUUUGAUACAAGACCCUGGUUCUACUCAGGCCAAUACUUACGUAUUAGCUUCUAGUGUUGUAGAUCAACCUAAACCCAUUAGUAAUAACCUGAAAACAUUUUACGAAAACAGCGGGAAUAUAGAAAAUGGGUUAGUUAACGUUGAUGCCUCCGCGAGGCUCUCAUUACCCAAGAAGAAAGAAGGCGUACUGAUAGGAAACAAUUUAAAAUUGGCAAGCUUUUUGUUACCUAAAACUGAAAAUGUAAAUAAACAAUAUGUAGUUGACAACAUUGUUUUGAAACCGAACGUAACGACAACCACCGGCAGUUCAGUACAAGUAAAUACAGUACCAAAAAUAGAUAUUGAUAGAAAAAUAGUUAAACUGAAAGAUGUACCUAUUAUCAACAGGACACGGCCGGAAAAAGUGUUGCCAAAGAUAAAACCAAAAGAGAAUAUUCCCAGCCUUAACCAAUCCAACCACACAUCAGUGCAAUUAAUUAAAUUAGGAGAAACAUAUCAUAGCUUAAAUCACUUAAGUAAGGAACAGGUCAAGAUGGUGAACCAAGCGCUUAAAAUGUUCAAAGACCCAGAUAAGACAAAGUCGGAACCAACAUAUGAUCCUGUUACGAAUACUCGCUAUAUUUACAAAGUGGUAUCCCCUAAGGAUUUAACAGUGGUCGGACAAAAAAAAAUUCUUGUGAAGGAGAAGAAGCUAACAAAGAUUCCGAAAAGAGUUAUAGAAGAAAAACUUAAGCUGAUGAAACAAAUGAUGCCUGUUAAAGAAGUUGUUGACGAACUUCCUGAGCCAGAACCUCCUGUUGAGACUAAAGUAACGAGGAGUGGUAGAAAGGUAAAACUUCCAAGGCAGAUAUUACCUGAAGAUUCUCCACAUAAGUCGAAGAAAAAAACUGGCACGAUUAUUUCAUGUUUUCAAUGUUCUGCUGAGUUUGGAAGUUUAUACCGGCUUCAGAAACAUUACGAAAAUCAUCCUACACAUAUACCUGCAAAAAUUCAUUCCAACCUUUUUCAUUGCUUAUUGGCAAUUAUAAAAAGUGGUUCAGAGGGAGACAAAACAAAUAUCUUCAUUCAGCAGCUGGAGCAGCUGAUAGUGAAACUCAAGUCAUUGCUGCCUUGUUUGUUGAAGAAGGUGGACGGCUCAGAAGGAAAACCAUGUACAAUAAACGACGAUGUAGGCAGAUUAUUUGGUAUGAAUCCUGGAAAGUACAAUAUUGAUGUUGAAGCCUUAAAUUGUGUCAAAGAUAAAAAUGGAUACUGCAUACAUAAUCCUCCAAAGUUAAACAAAUAUAUCAAAGAUCACAAACCAUCUGCACUAUCGAUGCACAAUGAAGACAUACCGAGUCCUGAAAGUGAGACGGAGAACUGCGCAAGAAUAAAUUCCGUUGCGAAAUGGCCGACGGUCAGUAAAAGAAUAUGGAAACUCAAACCGAAGACACACGAAUUAUCCGCCAAGAAAAUGAGACUGAAAUCUGAAGGUGAUACACUUAUAGACUUGGGAACAGAUGACUUUAUAUUUAAUGCAGAAGAAGAUACUACAAGUACUUUAGCUAUGGUGCCUGAGAACGAUAUCAAUAAACUGUUAGAAAAUAGCAAAGAAUGUAAAAUAAAUUGCACAUCAGGAAAUGUAUCUGAUCGUAACAACGUUGAGGUUACUGCUAGUAAUAAUAUUGUUAUUACUAAUCAAAGUAAACAGAAAAGCAGUUACAUACCAUUUCACAGCGCACAUUUUGAUAUCCGAUCGUCACCAAUAAAACCAUCAACAUCCACUGGUUUUGUCAAAUUCCAAAUUAAUUCUAGCAAAAUCAGUAAAGUGAGCAAAAAUUAUCAGGGACCAGUUAUUCGAGCACUAGAAAUGAAUGAUAAGGACGAUGGUAAACAUUCACAAACUAUGUUAAAUUCAGACAAUAACUUACAUGUACCUAUGUGUCCAAGUACCAGUGAAAGUUCGCAAAUUCCUAUGUCAAGUUCAAGCGGUAAUUUACAUUUACCCAUGUCAAGUUCAAACAAUCAUCUCCAUGUAAGUUUACCAAAUUUAGUCAAUGAAUUGCAUAUAGGUUUACAAAACGCAAAUAAUAGUUUGCAAGUCCCAUUGUCAAAUUCCGAUAAUGUCCAACACGCAAAUUUAGGGAAUUCUGAUACUAGUUUACAUGUCACAUUACCAAGUCCAAAUGACGCUUUACAUGUGCCUUUACCUGAUUCUGAUAACUUACAGUUACCAAUACCAAAUUCUGUAGAUAAUUUACACGUGCCGAUGCCUACCACAGAUAGUAGUUUACACGACAUUUUUAAGGAUGAUGUAGAUUUGUCAUGUAAAGAUGACUCAAAUAUAGAUCCUGUUCUAAAAGAAUGGAUAAUAAGUACAAGUGUAAAAUCAGAAAAUAAUUUAGAAAGUUUUACAAAAUCAAGUAGUCUGAUUGAGCCCGCAUUUUUACAUGGGACAAAUAGUGUAGAUAAAUCAAUGAUAAAAAACGAGACUCACAAUUGUGAUAUACCAUCAUUGGACGUAUCUGACGGUCGCCUGCUGGCAAGCCAAGGCGAAUCAGUAUUAAACUUUCUAGAAACGUUAGGUAAUGACUUAGUGUACCCUGAGACUGAAAUUAGAAAUAAUGGUGUGGACUUCCAACUGGAUUUGUUCACAUUUGAUAAUUCAUAG